AUGGAGCGCGCGAACGAAUCCGGUUCGUGCAAAGAGAUGCCCGAAUCGAUCAUCUCCGGAUACCAGGCUGGCGCGUCGCUCAACCUCGAAGUCCUCGCUAGUCCCAGCCCUUCAAUUCCCAUCCUCCCAUCAAUAUCGAACCUCGCUGUCAAGAUCGAGAAGAUCCUCUCAGUAACCAUGGCCCCCGUGAUGCUCGUCGCAUUCGACACCCCUGCCGGCUCAAAACGUGCGGUUCUCAAGCUGUUCGACCGACGCUUGGGGUCCUCGCUGCGAAGGGAUCCCGAUGGACAACACAUUCCCUGUCGCGUCGAAGAUGAGGAGGCUUUCAAGGCGUUUGUGCGCCGAGAACAGCCUGUGCCUUUUCUCCGAAACAAAGAGGAACGGAUGAAAGAGGAAGAGGGACUCGAACUACUGUCAUUCCUGGGAGCCGCAGCCUGGUUGGAAGCGCCGGAAGAGCCAAAGGGACAAGCAAAGUUUGAACUUGAACUUUGGCAUGAGUCUUACGAGUUUCACCAGAUGGAGGUAAGGGCAUACAAUCACCUACAAGACCUCCAAGGCAUCGUCAUUCCUCGCAUGUAUGCAUCUGUGCGACUUCCUUGCACAGAACAGUAUGGCAACCCCAGGAUGGCUUAUUUCUCCAGUCCCUACGGCAUCCUCCUUGAGUAUAUCGACGGAGGAAGUCUCUUUGACAAUCCUGACAGUAUGGUUUCUCCAGUUGGAUUAACGGAGCUUGUGCAACGCGCCGUCAAUGGAGCUUAUCAGAUCAACGAACGCGGUCUCAUUCUCAACGACAGUGGGCCGCGCAAUGUAGCAGUCGACAAGCUGCUCAACAAGCCAUACAUCAUCGAUCUUGCGCAAUGCACCUUCAAGGAAGACUUUUUUGAUGAGGAAGACCUUGACGACCUUGAAGAGGGAACGACUCUUGAAGAUGCUUGGUUGGAGAUGGUCCGGAGCGAAGCCAAUCCAUCUUCUAUUGGCUGUGUCAUGAAGAGGAGGUUGGAGGUUGACCAUAGUAUCAAGAUCGAGGUAACCUUUCCGGAUAUGAGAAAGAUUAUGGAGUACAAUUCCCUCGUCACUACUGACCCUCGUCGAGUGAGGAGUUACUCAACCUGUGCGGGUCCGUCAACCAUGAUCAACCGCGGCCUUGGCAACGAUCAUCACGUCACCACGGGUUUCGGCACCGAAAUCUGGCUGAGAAUGUGGGAGGCAUUUCGCCUGGCAGUCUCUUGA